AUGGACACUGGUGAUGCAAUUAGAAUAAGCAGUGCAAGGCUGAGCAGUGCACGUUCGAGCAGCUCGGACAUAUGGAGGAACAGUGGGAAGGAGAUCUUCUCAAGGUCUAGCAGGAAUGAGGAUGAUGAGGAGGCUCUGAAAUGGGCUGCAAUUGAAAAGCUUCCAACUUACUUGCGCAUUCGGCGGAGCAUUCUUGCCGAAGAAGAAGGCCAGAUAAGAGAGGUCGAUGUUGAGAAUCUCGGGUUGAUAGAGAGGAGGAACUUGUUGGAGAGGUUGCUGAAGACAGCUGAGGAAGACAAUGAGAAGUUCUUGUCAAAGCUGAAGCAGAGGAUUGACAGAGUUGGACUGGAUUUUCCUACGAUUGAAGUCCGAUUUGAGCAUCUAAAUGUCGAGGCCGAAGCUUAUGUUGGAAGCCGAGCUCUACCCACAAUCUUUAAUUUCUAUGUCAACAUACUUGAGGGGUUUCUCAACUAUUUUUGCAUCCUUCCUAGUAGAAAGAAACCAUUACCAAUCCUCAAUGAUGUCAGCGGAAUCAUCAAGCCUCGCAGAAUGACCUUACUUCUGGGGCCUCCAGGCUCUGGAAAGACCACGUUACUUCUAGCAUUAGCUGGGAAGCUCAGCAAAGAUUUGAAAUUUUCGGGGAGAGUCACGUACAAUGGACAAGGGAUGGAAGAAUUUGUACCGCAGAGGACAUCAUCUUAUGUAAGUCAAUAUGAUCUCCAUAUAGGAGAAAUGACUGUUAGGGAAACUCUCGCUUUCUCGGCCAGGUGUCAAGGUGUUGGACCCCGUUAUGAUAUGCUAGCAGAGUUAUCAAGGAGAGAAAAGGAGGCAAACAUAAAACCUGAUCCUGAUAUAGAUAUCUUUAUGAAGGCAGCAGCACUGGAAGGACAGGAGAGUAAUGUUGUUGUCGAUUAUAUAAUCAAGAUACUAGGACUUGAAAUCUGUGCCGACACAAUAGUGGGAGAUCAAAUGAUACGAGGCAUCUCCGGGGGACAAAAGAAACGAGUCACAACGGGGGAGAUGCUAGUCGGGCCAGCCAAAGCACUAUUUAUGGACGAAAUAUCAACUGGCUUGGAUUGUUCGACGACUUUCCAAAUAGUGAACUCACUCAGACAGUCCAUACACAUCCUAAAUGGGACUGCUCUAAUAUCCCUCCUCCAGCCUGCGCCGGAAACUUACGACCUGUUUGAUAAUAUCAUCCUUCUCUCGGAUGGGCAAAUUGUUUACCAAGGUCCCCGAGAAAACGUGCUCGAGUUCUUCGGACACAUGGGUUUUAAAUGUCCUGAAAGGAAAGGAGUAGCUGAUUUCUUGCAAGAAGUGACUUCAAGGAAAGAUCAAGAGCAGUAUUGGGUUAAUAAGGAGACGCCUUACAGGUUUGUAACAGUCAACGAAUUUUCUGAAGCGUUUCAGUCAUUUCAUAUUGGUCGGAAACUAGGUGACCAGCUUGCGAUCCCGUUCGACAAGUCGAAAGGCCAUCCAGCUGCUCUAACAACUAAGAAGUACGGGGUGAGCCAGAAAGAACUGUUGAGAGCUUGCGUUUCGAGGGAACUUUUGCUAAUGAGGAGAAAUUCAUUUGUCUAUUUUUUCAAAAUGUUCCAGGUGAGCAAGUUGAUAUACUGGUUUUCACUUCCUUUUUUGGAUGCAUAUCAGCUUAUCCUUAUGGCUUUCAUAACGAUGACGGUGUUCCUACGGACUGAUAUGCACCGAGAUACCGUGACAGAUGGUGGUAUUUAUUUUGGCGCUCUCUUCUUCACUGUGAUCGUGAUGAUGUUUAAUGGAUUCUCAGAGGUUGCCAUGACAAUCAUGAAGCUCCCUGUCUUCUACAAGCAGAGAGACCUCCUCUUCUUUCCUGCGUGGGCGUAUUCGCUACCCACAUGGAUCCUGAAGAUUCCGAUCACUCUAGUAGAAGUUGCUAUUUGGGUGAUCAUGACUUACUAUGUCAUAGGCUAUGACCCUUAUGCUGGAAGGUUCUUCAAACAGUAUUUUCUGCUACUAUGCCUACAUCAGAUGGCAUCUGGAUUAUUUCGAUUCAUCGCGGCCAUAGGAAGGAACGUGAUAGUGGCGAAUACUUUUGGAUCGUUUGGAUUACUCACCAUUAUGGUCUUGGGCGGAUUCAUCAUAUCAAGAGAUGACGUUAAGCCAUGGUGGAUAUGGGGGUAUUGGAUCUCCCCAAUGAUGUAUGCACAGAACGCAAUCGCUGUAAAUGAAUUUCUCGGAAAGCAGUGGAGACAUAUUCCACCUAACUUCACAGAACCUUUAGGAGUUUUGGUCCUGAAGUCCCGCGGCAUUUUUCCCGAAGUGCGUUGGUAUUGGAUAGGAGUAGGAGCAAUGAUUGGAUACAUUUUUCUGUUCAAUUUCCUGUUCACUAUGGCGAUGAAAUAUCUCGAUCCAAUUGGGAAGCCUCAAGCUGUACUAUCAAAAGAGACUCUGGCAGAGAAAAUCGCGAGCAAGAAUGGUGAGGUCAUUGAGCUAUCAUUGAGAAGAAGCCGGAGGAGUUCAUCCGAUAAAGAGAGUGGACACCAAAGAAGCGCUGCAGAUAGAAAAUUGUCUACGAGAGCCGGGAGCAAAAACUAUUCGGACCCAAAUAGGAAACGAGGAAUGGUUCUUCCUUUCGAGCCGCUUUCUAUUGCUUUCGAUGAUAUCAGAUACGCCAUAGAUAUGCCUCAGGAAAUGAAUGCUCAAGGUAUUCCCGAAGAUCAACUGGAACUUCUAAAAGGUGUAAGUGGUGCUUUCAGGCCAGGAGUAUUGACGGCUUUAAUGGGUGUCAGUGGUGCUGGAAAGACCACUCUAAUGGACGUGUUGGCUGGAAGGAAAACAGGUGGAUACAUCGAUGGGACAAUCACGAUAUCUGGGUACCCAAAGAAGCAAGAAACAUUCGCUCGCAUAUCAGGAUACUGUGAACAAACCGAUAUCCACUCUCCUCACGUUACAAUUUAUGAGUCCUUGGUGUAUUCUGCAUGGCUUCGGUUACCUCCUGAAGUGGAUUCUGAGACUAGGAAGAUGUUCAUUGAAGAAGUAAUGGAGCUCAUAGAGCUUACCGCGUUACGAGAAGCGCUAGUUGGGUUGCCUGGUGUUAAUGGCCUCUCCACUGAGCAGAGGAAAAGGCUGACAAUUGCAGUGGAGCUCGUAGCCAACCCAUCCAUCAUAUUCAUGGACGAGCCUACCUCCGGCCUUGAUGCCAGGGCAGCUGCUAUAGUAAUGAGAACAGUUAGAAACACGGUUGACACAGGGCGAACUGUUGUUUGCACCAUCCACCAGCCGAGCAUCGAUAUAUUUGAUGCUUUUGAUGAGCUGUUUCUUCUGAAAAGAGGCGGAGAGGAGAUCUAUGUCGGUCCACUAGGCCAGCAUUCCUCGCACCUGAUCAACUAUUUUGAGGGCAUUAGCGGAGUUCCAAAAAUUAAAAACCGAUACAAUCCGGCAACUUGGAUGUUGGAGGUGACGACAACUGCUCAAGAAGAAACCCUCGGGGUUAACUUCACCGAAGUGUACAGGAGUUCAGAACUGUUUAGGAGAAACAAAGCUCUGAUCAACGAACUAAGUACGCCUCCACCGGGGUCGAAAGAUCUCCAUUUUCCAACGCAAUAUUCACAAUCGUUCUUCACCCAGUGUAUGGCUUGUCUAUGGAAACAACACUGGUCGUAUGGGCGCAACCAGGCAUACACAGCCGUGAGACUUCUAUUCACAACUUUCAUCGCCCUGAUGUUCGGCACGAUAUUUUGGAACCUCGGCUCCAAAAGGAGAAACCAGCAAGAUCUCUUCAAUGCCAUGGGCUCAAUGUACGCGGCUAUCCUUUUCAUUGGAUUUCAGAAUACGAAGUCGGUUCAACCUGUUGUGGCCAUUGAGAGGACAGUCUUCUAUAGAGAGAGAGGGGCUGGAAUGUAUUCCGCUCUGCCCUAUGCAUUUGCACACGUCAUCAUCGAGAUUCCCUACAUCUUCGUCCAAACUGUCAUCUAUGGAGUGAUUGUCUAUACAAUGAUCAGGUUCGAAUGGACAGCCGGCAAGUUCUUUUGGUACAUCUUCUGUAUGUUCUUCACCUUGUUAUUCUUCACUCUCUAUGGAAUGACGAGCGUGGCGGUCACGCCCAACCACCACAUAGCCACCAUAACCUCUUCGGCAUUCUUUUUGAUUUGGAACCUUUUCUCGGGAUUCAUCGUGCCGCGAACAAGAAUUCCUAUCUGGUGGAGAUGGUAUUCCUGGGCAUGUCCCAUGUUUUGGACAUUGUACGGGCUGGUGGCCUCGCAGUUUGGAGAUGUUAAGGACGCGCUCGACAGUGGCGAGACAGUCGAAGAGUUCGUGAGGAGUUAUUUCGGGUUCAGGCAUGACUUCCUGGGGGUGGUCGCGGUCGUGCUGGUCGGAAUAUCUCUCCUCUUUGGAUUCAUCUUUGCCUUCUCAAUCAAAGCAUUCAACUUCCAAAAGAGAUGAUGGCGAGGGGAGAUUGAAAAGAAAUUGAAUAUAAGUUCAGUAGUUGCAAGAUAUAUAUGUGGACGAAAAGUAUGAUUGAUGAAAGUGGAAUUGAGUUUUGAAGAGUCAGUCAAGUAGGAAAGCGUUAAUCAUAACGACCACUUCAAGCAAUUCUAUGAAUAAGUUGCUACACUUGUCUUCCUGCUUCUGUGAAACAAGGUUGUACGGCAGAGUUAUGCAGUCUUCAGAAAAUUAUCGAAUAAAUUGUUCGACUUGUGCUCUCAUGCUUACUUCUGGGGAUAAAGCUUGUCAGAUGCCAUGGCACUUACACCAGGUGAAAUAAAGCGGGAGAUCCUUGAGAUUAGGUGAAACAGCUUCCUUAAUGUUAACAAAAUUGACCUAAUCUUGCUGAACGGGAGCUUUAGAAUUAAUUCAAUGUUUAAUUUCUUGCUUA